AAUGUGGCAGCCGCAGGGAGGGGCGCGCGCUGUUUAUUUGAUUAUUAAACGGAUUUCUGGGUGAAAAUAAAAGUUUAUUUACAGCUGCGAAUAUCCAGAAGCUGCACAGCGCCACCUGCGGAUUACGGACUGUGUUUUCACUUUGUGCGGUUUAAUCACAGGACGGAGGAACAUGGGGCCAUAAAAAUGUUGGAAUAAUCGCCGAAAGACUCUUUUCCUGAAUAUAUUUAUUGUGUUGUGGAUGAAUGAAUCGUCCCGUCGGGAUGGAGCAGGUGAAUAUUCUCAAGAGAUUCAUUGAAGCCGUGAAAAGCGAAGAACAGAAGGGAGAAGAUAACUUCAGCUCGGACUUUAUGCGAUUACGCCGAUUAUCAACCAAAUACAGAACAGAGAAAAUCUACCCGACUAAUGUUGGAGAGCAGGAAGAGAAUGUGAAGAAAAACAGAUAUAAAGACAUUUUACCAUUUGAUCACAGUCGUGUGAAGGUGACAUUAAAAACAUCCAACCAAGACAGCGAUUACAUCAAUGCCAACUUCAUCAAGGGUAUAGAUGGUCCAGAGGCUUAUAUCGCCACACAGGGGCCGCUGCCGAACACAGUUUUGGAUUUCUGGAGGAUGAUCUGGCAGUACAAGAUCACGGUCAUUGUGAUGGCGUGUCGGGAGUUUGAAAUGGGUCGGAAAAAGUGUGAGCGCUAUUUUCCUCUGUUUGGAGAUGAGCCCAUGAUGUUUGGACCCUUCACCAUCUCUUGUGAGUCAGAACAACCACGGACGGAUUAUUUCAUCCGCACGCUCACAGUGGAGUUUGAUCAUGAAUCACGACGAGUGACACAGUUUCAUUAUGUGAACUGGCCGGAUCAUGAUGUGCCGUCAUCGUUUGAUUCUAUACUGGACAUGAUCGCUCUGAUGCGGGAAUAUCAGGAACACCACGACGUUCCCAUAUGUGUCCACUGCAGUGCGGGCUGCGGCCGAACAGGAGCGAUCUGCGCUAUAGACUACACGUGGAACUUACUGAAAGCUGGGAGAAUUCCAGAAGAUUUUAACGUUUUCCGGUUGAUUCAGGAGAUGAGAACACAACGUCAUUCUGCAGUUCAGACCAAAGAGCAGUAUGAGUUGGUUCAUCGAGCGAUUGUGCAGCUCUUUGAGAAACAACUGAUGAUUUUAGAGAGUCCAACAAACUCUGAGAUCACAGACGGGAUGGAAGAGGGUAGCCCGGAAAAACCCAGCCAGAACUCUGACAAGGAAAUUUGGGAUACCCCCCCUCCAAAACCGCCCCGUAUCCGCAGUCAUCAGGUCGAGGGUGACGUGAUGGAGGAGAUUUUACAGCCACCCGAGCCACACCCCGUUCCCCCGAUCCUCACCCCCUCACCACCCUCAGCAUUUCCAACGGUUACGAACGUGCGUCAAGACAAUGACCGGUACCACCCCAAACCUAUCCUACACACGCUGGCGUCCAAUCAGAACCCAGACCUCAACGAGAACUACAACAAACCUGGAGACGAUCCCCCUACCCUGCCCACCCUGACGACCGAGCCGCCCACCCCCGGCGACAGGCUCGAAAAGCAUCCGGAGCGUAAGCUGAGCAUUGAGAUCAUGAAGGUGCCGCGUCAGGAGGGACCACGCAGCUUCGAGGGCAAUGGUGCGUUGCAGCGCUCGCACGCGUUCAAAUGUUCCAACACCAACACCAGCAGCAGCUCUGCGUCAGAGGAAUCGGACGACCCACCGCGACCCGAUCACCUGUCGCUGCGGGGGGUGAAGGGUCACGCCGCCUGGACCGCAACCUGUCCUGACAGAGUGAGCUCGCCAGCUGAGUGCACCGUUAGCCCUGCCCCCUCCUCCAUCAGAACUGCGCUGAGCUUCACAAACCCGCUGCAUUCAGACUUCACUGACACGCAGGGAGGUGACAGUAUCUCCAUGGGGACCAGCACCAUUUCCACGGUGCAGCAGAACGAUCAGCCCCUACGCAGGGUCACACCAUUGUCCAUCGCCGGGCAAAACCUGACGACAGAAACAUCACAUGUGACCGAUGUGAAGGUGUCUACAGAUGAUGUUGCAGAAGAACCUUCUUCACAGGCAACUGCAGAUACACAAAUCUCUGCUAGUCCUCCAAAGAGCGAUUCAGAGCAGAAGAACGGAAAGAGUCCAGAUUCACUGUCAGUAGCCACACCCCCUGACGCUCUGAUGGAUAAGAGAACAGAGAAUGAAGGCUCCGCCCAGAUCGGAUUCGGCAGCCGCUGUUCACAUCCCAAAGGCCCCCGAGACCCCCCGUCCGAGUGGACGUGACUGCGGUCGCCACACAGUCGCUCGCACACGCCUCUUCUUCUGUCGUAAGUGCGGCUGUAGACAGUCGAUCGGAGACUCUGUGCCCACAUCUGACUAACACAAUCAGUAACGCUACAAAGAUAAUCUCCCAUGAUGCAGCUGUUGGCCUGCCGCUGCCGUGGACUUGCUGGUGUUAAACCGUCUGCUGGACCAGAAACUUGCCUUACUGCGCUGUGAUUGGACCAGAUUUACUUUGUGACUGUCACUGAAGGUGAAGACAUUCAGCAUCUUUAGCGAUAGUUUAACAUCUUUACAACGAGAGCAGUACACACGGGGCCAGAGAACACGGCAUCUUCUUCAUGACUGUAUCUGCAUUCUUUCAUACGUGUACAGCGCGAGCAGUAAAUAAUGAUGCAAACGUACUAUCACUGAAUAUAUUAAUGACAUGCAUGAAACCUGUCACAUGUACCUCAGACUGUAAAUUAUUUGCCAUUCUGUUAGAACAAAUGAUUUCAGGGUUGUAUUUUUUGUUAGUUUUGUUCCCUUUUUACGGCGUGCCGUUCGUUCUUUUCUUUCGUUCUUUUGUCAGGUUAUUUCUCCAAAGGCUGGUGUGAAUCGGCUCCAGAUUGUAAUAAUGCUUUUGUAAAUUCUAUUUUAGAGGUUAUUUUUGUAUAUGCCAUUUUUUCACUUUACAAACUAUGCCCUGACCGAUCUCAUCUGUGCCUUUUUUUUAGUGUGUGUGCUUGUGUGUAGUCACAUUAAUCCUCUGGGAUUUUACUCAACCUUCCAACACAAACGUGUCAAUCAGCCUGUCAGUAAAACAUAUGAUGCAAUCUGCUUAACUUUUAGUAUAUUUUGUGUGUGUGUGUGUGUGUGUGUGUGUGUGUGUGUGUGUGUGUGUGUGUGUGUCUGUCUCAGAUCAAUAAUAUUUAUUGGCCAGCGUGACUGUCGCCGUCAGCAGGUGAAAUGACAAUCUGCACACACACACACACACACACACUCGGUGUCAAUGUCCAGUAAUGUGUGAAUAUAAAAACAGUGUUUGUAUUUAAGUGAUAUUACUCAGAAAUCUAGUGUUACACUACUGCAGCAAUGUUUCAUUUAUCACAAAUGGCAUCUGCUGGUGUGCUAAAUAUGCCGCAGCACCCAAAUUGUAAUAAAUUCAACUUCCACAAUACAGCAAUAAAAAUCUAUUUGACUAUU